AUGCCGUGUUCCACAACCUCCGCGAGAAACAGGGACUUUUGCCGAACAAGCAGCACAUUUGUCGUCAUUGCUUUCUCUGGAAUUCGCCGUGGGGACUCCAAGACGGGCACCUUCAAACCAUCCGGUUCCCCGGAGGAGAUUGGAGAAGGUGUCGGUCUUGCUAGUGCAGACGCCGACUGGACUGGGAACAACUUGGCAGGGGACUAG